AUGACGGCAGAAAAUUACAAACGCGAACUCGCGGAAGAGGAACGUGAAGCCAUGCUGGAAAGAGAAGAAGCCGAAAUGAACAUGAGUCUAUCUCAAACCGGAUGUAUUCCGAUUUCAGUAAAGUGUGUCUAUAUCUGCCAUCUGACGACAAACUGCGUCAAAACUUUGGUAAGUCGGAUGGCUAGUUCAUGCUACUUGAUGAGUAAUGGCUUAGGAAGCUUACAAAUUUCUAGCGCUGAUCGGAAAGAAUAUUUCCAGUCUUCUUCUUCCAACAAAAUCAAUGCAGAGCCGACCUCGUGUGCUGCCGAUUGCGCUCUCAACGGCUUGGUGAGGAGUAUUCGCUGUCAAAUUAUUUUUAGUUGUACUUGUUAG